AUGUACAGUCCAGAUAUUAAAUAUGAAGAUUUCCUUAGGGCAGAACGUCAAAAAUAUCCUGAACUAGACCCGGAAAAACUUGAUAGAAUAAAAGAUCUUGCGUCAGCCAACGAAAAAUUACCACCAAUAAAUAGUGACGCACAUUUCGACGAGCACAAAGCUUAUGAAAUGCUUGUCAACUACUACAAAGUCCGAAAACAACUACCACAUAUAUUUACCCCGAGCGAUCCAACGGAAGAAGAAUUAAACAAAAUGUUUGACGUCAUGAGUCAUUCCAUAUUGUACACCGAGAACGAAGACAAAGGGAUUCGUUACUUGUACACGCAAUUCAAAAUCACCAACGCCAAACAUUUUAAGUUCGCAGACCAAGCCAAAUAUUAUUUCUUAAUGGUAAAAUGUUUACUCGUGGAAUACGGAACGUUUGACGGUGUAGUGGUCGUAUGGAAUUUAGUUGGCCUCAAUUAUUGGCACUUGAGAAAAAUCAAAAUAUUCUACAGAAAUCAAAUUAUUAGAUUGUUGAACUUAAUACAAGAUAAUGCACCGUUACGGAUAAAAGAAUGUCACAUUCUAAACUCUGGGGCAGUGACACUUUACGCAUAUGCUAAAGUAAAGUAUAUUUUAAACAAAGAAUUUCGGAAAAAGAUUCAUUUUCACAGACCAAAAUCGGCGGAAAUUUUCAAAUUUGUGCAUAAGGAUAUUAUGCCAAUGGAUUUUGAGGGAGGUUGUGGAUUGAGUCAUUCAGAACAAUCUGAGACAACUUUGGAACUAAUGAAGUCUCUACGCGAUCGGUACAUGCCGGGUGAUAUUCUUAGCUCUGAUGAUAAAGACCAAGAUGAAAACCAAGAUGAAGACGAUGAUGAAGAAGUUCUGUUAAUCGUAUAA